AUGAGCACGGGUCGCGUCUUAAACAGUUCCGGGCUUGCGUUCGCAGCGGUGCUUCACAAAUCUCCACAGAAGAAGGUAAGAAUGUUAUCGGUGGCAAGGCGCAGUGUCGGAAGCCUGCUGUCACGUCGUACUUAUGCGCUCGCUGCCUCCACAACCGACGCUAAACAUGGAAAUAUCGCCAACUAUAAAGUUGUCGAUCACGCUUACGAUGCUGUCGUCGUUGGUGCAGGAGGCGCAGGCCUACGUGCUGCGAUGGGAUUGUCGGAAGGUGGUCUAAAAACGGCUGUCAUCACGAAGAUCUUCCCCACCCGAUCGCAUACUGUUGCUGCACAAGGUGGUAUUAAUGCAGCCAUAGGAAGUAUGAACAAGGACGACUGGCGUUGGCAUUUCUAUGACACUGUUAAGGGAUCUGACUGGCUUGGAGAUCAAGAUGCCAUUCACUACAUGUGUCGAGAAGCCUGCCGAGCCGUAAUUGAAUUGGAGAACUACGGUAUGCCUUUCUCCCGUACCGCCGAUGGAAAGAUUUACCAGCGUGCUUUCGGAGGACAGUCCAACGAUUUCGGUCGUGGUGGACAAGCUCAUAGAACUUGCGCCGUUGCGGAUCGUACUGGACACUCACUUCUUCACACCCUUUAUGGAGCUUCGUUGCAGUACAACUGCAAUUAUUUUGUGGAGUAUUUCGCCCUUGAUCUCAUCAUGGACAAGGGUGCAUGCGUUGGUGUUGUUGCAUUGUGUAUGGAAGAUGGAACAAUUCAUCGAUUCCGUUCAAAGAACACAGUGUUAGCAACAGGAGGAUUCGGGCGAGCGUACUUCUCAUGCACUUCUGCGCACACUUGCACUGGAGAUGGAACAGCUUUGGUUGCUCGUGCAGGUAUCAGCAACACUGACAUGGAAUUUGUCCAGUUCCAUCCUACCGGUAUUUAUGGUGCAGGAUGUUUGAUCACUGAAGGAUCUCGAGGAGAGGGCGGGUAUCUUGUGAAUUCCAAAGGAGAACGGUUCAUGGAACGAUAUGCGCCAAAUGCUAAGGAUUUGGCUUCCCGUGAUGUCGUAUCUCGUGCGAUGACCGUGGAAGUGAUGGAGGGACGUGGUGUUGGUCCAGAAAAAGACCACAUUUUCUUACAACUUCAUCAUCUGCCUGCUAAACAGCUCCAUGAGAGAUUACCUGGUAUCUCAGAAACUGCCAUGAUUUUUGCUGAUGUUGAUGUUACUAAGGAACCAAUUCCCGUCAUUCCUACUGUACAUUAUUGCAUGGGUGGUGUCCCAACCAACUACAAAGGACAGGUCAUCAGUUAUUCUAAGGAAAAAGGUGACCAGAUUAUUCCCGGACUGUACGCGGCGGGUGAAUGCUCCGCACAGUCGGUGCAUGGUGCAAAUCGAUUGGGUGCGAACUCAUUGCUUGACUUGGUCAUUUUCGGAAGAGCCGCUGCUUUGAGCAUUCUCGAACAUACUAAGCCUGGUGUCGGUGUUCCGGAUCUGCCAAAGGAUGCUGGAGAGUCAUCUGUUGAUAAUAUCGAUUCCCUAAUGAAUAGGAAGGAUGGUCCAUCUACUGCUGAUGUGCGACUUCAAUUGCAGAAGACCAUGCAAAAACACGCUGCUGUGUUCAGGCGUGGAGAUAUCUUGCAGGAGGGCGUUAAAAAAGUGGGAGAAAUCUAUAAGAAUAUCGACAAUUUGCACGUGUCGGACAAGAGUUUGAUUUGGAAUAGCGAUCUGGUUGAGACACUUGAGCUCCAGAAUCUUCUCAUCAAUGCCAUUCAAACCAUUGUUGCAGCCGAGGCUAGGAAGGAAUCACGUGGUGCUCAUGCUCGUGAUGAUUUCCCCACUCGUAUCGACGAAUACGACUAUGGAAAACCGCUCGACGGCCAGAAGAAGAAGCCAAUCGAGGAACACUGGCGCAAACACACAAUGAUUACCUCUGACAUAAAAACCGGCAAAGUGAAACUCGACUAUCGUCCUGUCAUUGAUACCACUCUUGACAAGAGCGAAACCGAUUGGAUCCCGCCAAAGAUCCGCUCAUACUAA